GGAAGCUGCGGCGGCGAGUCUCCCCGGCGGGCUGUCAGCGCUGCCCGCGAGGAGGCGGGGAAGGGAAGGGGACGGGAAGGGAAGGGAGGAGGCGAGGGAAGGCGCUGGCAGGGCGGCUCUCCCAUUCCCGUCACAAGGUAACCCCUGCUUCUCAGGCGGAGAGAGGCACUGGAAGCGCCGCGGGGCCUCUUCCCCGACCUGCUGAGCGGCUUCGCCCAGCUCCGGAGAGCGGCCGUCAGCGCCUCGGCGGGGCACCGCCGCCACCCGCUCCCCGGCAGUGCGGGGAGCCGAGCGCGGGCUGCGGCGGCUCGGCGCGGCGCAGCUCCGGCACUUUGCGAUGGGCUGGCGGCAGCGGCGGCCGGACAGCAGCGGGGGCCGACGCGAGGAUCGCAGCUAAAGGGCGAGGAGGAGGGACCAUGGCCGCAUCCAGCAACUCCAGUUUGUCCGGCUCAUCGGUUUCCUCCGAUGCUGAAGAAUACCAACCUCCAAUAUGGAAAUCAUACUUGUAUCAAUUGCAACAAGAGGCACCGCGUCCCAAGAGAAUCAUCUGUCCUCGGGAGGUGGAGAACAGGCCAAAGUAUUAUGGACGAGAGUUUCAUGGGAUCAUUUCACGAGAGCAAGCAGAUGAGAUACUUGCUGGUGUAGAAGGAGCAUAUAUUCUUAGAGAAAGCCAGAGGCAACCCGGCUGCUAUACCCUCGCUCUCAGAUUUGGGAAUCAGACCCUAAACUACAGGCUGUUCUAUGAUGGGAAGCACUUUGUUGGGGAGAAAAGAUUUGAAUCGAUCCACGACCUGGUUACAGAUGGCUUGAUAACACUGUACAUAGAAACAAAGGCUUCUGAGUAUAUCUCCAAAAUGACAACAAACCCCAUCUAUGAACACAUUGGAUAUGCUACUUUGCUGAGAGAAAAAGUCUCACGGAGGCUGAGCAGAACAAAAAAUGAAUCAAGAAAAGCAAGUGUAACCAGUGAAGAAAAUACUCCAGUUGAAAAGAUUACCUCCUUGGUCAGAAGAGCAGCCUUAACUCAAAAUGACAACCACUUCAACUAUGAAAAAGCACACAAUUUUAAGGUUCAUACGUUUCGAGGUCCACACUGGUGUGAAUACUGCGCCAACUUCAUGUGGGGUCUCAUCGCUCAGGGAGUGAGGUGUUCAGACUGCGGGUUGAACGUCCAUAAGCAGUGCUCCAAAUACGUGCCCAACGACUGCCAGCCAGACCUGAAGAGGAUAAAGCGAGUCUACUGCUGUGACCUCACCACACUAGUGAAAGCCCACAACACCCAGAGGCCGAUGGUGGUAGACUCCUGCAUCCGAGAGAUCGAAGCAAGAGGUUUAAAGUCUGAGGGGCUCUAUCGAGUGUCAGGCUUCACUGAGCACAUUGAAGAUGUGAAAAUGGCCUUUGAUCGAGAUGGUGACAAGGCUGAUAUUUCUGCCAGUAUUUAUCCAGACAUAAACAUCAUUGCUGGAGCACUGAAGCUGUACUUCAGAGACUUACCAAUCCCCGUGAUCACCUAUGACACCUAUUCCAAGUUCAUAGAGGCAGCAAAAAUCUCCAAUCCUGAUGAACGACUAGAAGCAAUACACGAGGUGCUGAUGUUACUCCCUGCUGCUCACUACGAGACACUUAGAUACCUAAUGAUUCAUCUCAAAAAGGUUACCUUGCAUGAAAAGGACAAUUUUAUGAACGCUGAAAACCUGGGAAUAGUGUUUGGGCCCACUUUAAUGAGACCUCCAGAGGACAGUACCCUUGCUACGCUGAAUGACAUGCGGUACCAGAAGUUAAUUGUGCAGAUUUUAAUCGAAAAUGAAGAUGUUCUCUUCUAGCCAGAGAGAGAGA